AUGGCAUCGGCAAAUGGCCAACCUCAGCCGACUCGGAAUGAUCAACAAAAAAUCGACAAAUUUGUUGAACUUUUAAAUGGAACAGUAAACUCAUUAUUCGUUCAGCUCGUCAAAAGUGAAGAUAGUAUAGAAGAAAUCGAUCGUAAAAUGGAUGAACAUAUUCAUAAACGUAUUUUUAAAACUGAUGCAUCAAGAGUUCUUGAUAGUCGUCAGAGAGUUGCUGCUACGUUGCAGGUGAUCGUCGAUUAUACUUAUCGUGUAUUAUGCCUUCGACGGUCAGCACCUAAUGCGCUUCAGACAUUGAUUUUAUUAAUAGAUUGGGCAUUCAUUCCAAAACUUGUUGAUCGUAAAUGGCAGCCUGAUAUAGUUCAAUUAUUUGAUCAAACAGUAGACUCGUUCUUUCUGAUUCAUGUUUCGAAUUUAGAUGAUGAGUCUCAAUUAAAUCCAACUUCUGAAACAAAUGCUUUCCGAUCGAUGUUGACAAUGAUAAAUUCUGUUUAUGAAACAAAAACCGGUCGAAUGCAUACAAAAGUUAUGAAAAUCGUUCAAGCAUGCUGUCAUAGUAAAUAUGCACGGCAAAGUCCACCUGGAAAUAUUUUGGCGGCAGAUUUAUCCGGACUUAUUUCAUAUAUGUUGUAUGAACCUGUUUUUGUACCACCAAAGGAGUUUAUUACGGGUUCCAGAUACAAAUUUUCAUGGUCUGAUUUACGAAAUGAUUUAGUAGAACUCAAGGACGAUGAAAAGUUACAAUCAAAACUUCCAUCACGUCUACAACGUUUCGAAUCAAGACUUGUUAUCCCAAUACUUACUUACCUUUUGAUUGGACUAAACCAAGACGAAAGUGAAAAUCUAUCAGAAGUUGUUUAUCGUGCUUUGCAUGCAAAAUUGCCACGCCAAAUUUCAUUGACUGCUUCUGGUUUGGAAAAUCUGUUCAAUAUUUUAAUUAGAAAACCAGACGCUUUUAUGUUAUUUCUUAACAAAAUCUUAAAAGAUAUUAUUAGUCAGAAAAAAGGAUGGCUUUCAAUAUUGUUGGAUGGAUUAGUGAGCUUCUGCGUAAACAAUGUUGAGUGUGCUAAAACUUCACCUGAACUUCGAAAAAUGAUUAGCAUUAUUCUUAGUCGUUGUAUAAUUAAAGAUACAACUGAUGCAGAAAUAAAAGAAAAUCUUUCGAAACUCUUAAAAUCAUUUGGCUUUACAGAAAAUGGAGAAAAAUCGAAUACAAAUCAACAAUUAGAAGUGUUUUUUUAUCUAAUACAACAAGUUUCCAUGACUCAUCCAGAAUGUAUUGAAUGGACUUUUUUGAUCGAUAUAUUUAUGAAAGUAUCCAAUGCGGAUGUUGACGAAAUUAUAUUUUCGGCAUUGUAUGAUGCAAUGUGUAACGUAGAUCGAUCUUGUACACUAAUGUUUAUUCUUGAAAAUCUUUAUAAAACAAGAUCUCUGAAAGAUGUCGAACGAGAACUUGUAUUAAAAAUUAGUAGAAUGUCUGAUACUAUUUCAAAAUUCGAAAACUAUUUAUUAGCUACGAUGCAGUGUGAAAAUAAUUUGAAAAAAGAAACAAAUGUAAUAUGGAACGUGUGGGAAAUGCUUACACAAUCUGAUGAAGACAAAUUUCAUGAAUUUGCAUCGUUUCUUACUCUACUCUUUGCAGAAUGCUUGAAAGUUGGCCAAAUAAAAGAGCGGAAAAUUGAACUUGCGAUGGAUUUAACAAAAGUAGUUGAAAAGGCAAUCCAAUUUUCAUUUGAUACACUUCCCACAAUCCAAUGUGGACAAGCUGUAUCAGGCAUAUUUGUAUUAUUAGAAUCCAUUCUCAAAGAUCAUACCGAUGAAACUCUUCAAACUCACAUUAUUCCACGAAUACAAACAGAAUCAGGCCUCUGUCAUCUUGUUAGCAGUACGACAUUCUUAAAUGACUUCAAAAUAGUAUUGGAUACACUUAAAAAAUUGAAACUUGAUGAGAAUCUAAGAAAAAUAAUUUCCAUAUUCAUUGAUCUCUUAACUUUUCCAGAUAAAACAAAAGUAACAGAAAUUACUUAUAUAUCCAUUAUGAACAUAGUUACAGAAUUAUGUGAAGAUAACGAAUAUGGAACUUUGGUAUGUGAAAUAUCCAUGAAAAAGUUGGGUGACUUUUUACAGAUGCUCAAUAGUCACGAAUGUUAUAUAAGUACAUCUGCUGUUAGAAUAAUUGCUUCAGCCUUCCAUAUGAGACCAAAAGAACGUGAGUUUUUAUUGAAGAGUUAUGGUGUGUCACCACGAACCAAAAGAAUAAAUAGUAACCAAAAUACUUUACUCUCAACAUCAUCCCAGUUCUUUUUACUUGAUGAAACCAAAAAUACCAGUAAAUUCAUAGUUUCAUCAUAUUUCAAACAAGAAAAUUUCGUGGAAGUUGAAAAUUUAUUAACAAAUGAAGCUCAAGGUACACUUGAUAAUCGAUCAACCACCGUCGCUGGCUCAAUUCGAACUCAUCUAUCGAAAAACAUUCAAGAUGAAUUAACAUCUGCAAAAGUUGCUACAAAUGAUUAUAUACCAUUGGUUAUGACGAAGACAACUCAUGAAAAUUUGUUGACCAUUCUGGAAGCAGCAAAAAAUCCAAUACCACUACUUCUAGAAGGGGCUACAGGUGUGGGAAAAUCAGCCACUGUUACUGAAGCUUCACAUUUAUGUGGGACAACUUUAGUUCGUUUUAAUCUUUCAUCAACAACAACAGAAGAUGACCUUUUUGGGAAACUGAAUAUAAAUAGUUCUGGCAUAACGAUGGCAAAGCAACCAUUUACAACUGCAUUUGAAAAAGGUUAUUGGAUUUUACUUGAUGAAAUUAAUCUUGCACCAUCACAAACAUUACAAGCAUUGAUCGCUUCACUUGACACAGGUAAAAUUACUUUAAAAGAUCCAUCCCAAGUAAAUUCAGUUAGAGCUAUUCAACGUCAUUCUGAUUUCCGAUUAUUUGCAACACAAAAUCCAAAUUCUGGAUUUUUUAAAGGUAAAAGAGAAGAUUUGCCAUCAUCAUUACUUUCUCGUUUCGUUCCUGUCAUAUUUCGUAAGUUACCUGACGAUGAGUGGAUUGAUAUUAUUGUUGAUCGAUUAAAAUGUUUAAAACCGUUAGAAACAGACGAAAGUUUAAGAGAAAUGGCUGAAAAAAUAGUAAAACUUCAUAUAACUAUCGAAACUUUAGUUCAUAGUGAUUCAUCAAUUGAAAACAUUGAACAGCGAUUUCCAGAAAUAGGUCCUUAUACUGAGAUAUCAAUUCGUGAAUUACUUCGGCUAAUAUCACAUAUUGCAUUACUUCAAAAAUCAGAGAUUUGGAAGCCAUUUGAUACAAAUGAAGGAAAGCAGCUGCUUGCAAAUGAAAUGUGGACAGUUUAUGGAGCUCGAUUUCGUCGGGAAGGACGAGAAAUAAUUCAUAACAUAAUGAAAAAAAAUGGCUUUGUUUGCGAUCUAUUUCAAGAUCAAUCUACAACAAUUACAAUGAAUAUUAAAGAUGACUGUAUUGAUUUUGAUUCGACUCAUCGUCUUCACCGAAAUCCAAACAAACAAAUUAACUUUGAAAGUAGUUGUAUACAAGAUGCUAUAGAUAUUUUUACAUUAUUUGAUUUUCACAAAUUAAGAAGCCACUUAGAUAUGACUAAACUUGAAAGUCUCACAGAAAUAGCCGGUAAAGUUCAUAGUUUUAUAAAACAAAAAAGUUUUGAAGCUAAAUUUAUCGAACAAUAUGGACUAUAUAACGUACAGCAAACUUGGUUAAAACAAUGGCUUGAAGCUGUAUUCUCUAAGCUUGCUAAUGAUGAUAGUUAUGAAAAAGUUUUUGCUACUUGUGGUAUUGUAUUUUAUGCUUUACGAUUUCGUUUCAAAGUAAUACAAACAGAAUUUUAUAAACAAAUCAAUUCAUCAUUUGGAACGAAUAUUGACAUACAAACAGCUCAAAAGACAGUCGGCGAUGUGUCUGCAUUAAUGUCUGCUGCACCUGUAUUUGUUAUUACACGAAGAGUUGAACAAGUAUGGAAACAAAUGGUUUCAGCAUUUUCUGUCAAUGAGCCAAUUUUAGUUGUUGGAGAAGUUGGUUGUGGUAAAAGUGAAUCCGUUAUAGCGUUAAUGCUUUUAAUUCAAAAACGAUUAUUUUCAUUGACAUUUUCACCAGAAACAGAUCCGUCAGAUCUUGUUGGACAAUUUGUGCCAGUUACAAAUAAUUCAAGCAAAAAGAAUCUUGUCGAUUGGAGCAAUGGUAUUGUAACUGAUGCUAUAGAACAUGAUGCCGGACUUCUGCUUGAUAACUUGAGUGAUGCAGAUGCAUGUGUAUUAGAAAGAUUAAAUUCCUUAUUAGAACAGCCACCUAUAUGGGUAUUAACUGAAAAAGGUGAUACAUCACCAAUGAAAAUACCAAAAAAUUUUGGUAUCAUUGCGACUAUGUCUCCUGCUAGUGACAAUGCAUCAAAGGCAGCAGGUAUUGGUGGAGAACUUUCACCGGCACUUUCGAAUCGAUUUAUAACUAUAUUCAUGCCGUCAUUAAAACCGAUUGGACCUGGAAAUGAAAAUCAAUCGAAAUCUAUGAAUGAGUCAUUAAAUGAAAUAACUUUGAUUGCCGAAAGAUUAUUAGGAGAUUCAUUUGCAGAUAAAGAUAUUACAUUGGCUGUACAACUUUGGAAAGAUCUUUGCACAAGCGCAUAUCAACAUCAACAACCACAAACCGUUAGUUUUCGAACGAUGAUUCGACUAUUCGAUUGUGCAUACAAACUUCGAUCUCACACACCAACAUUGACACCUAAAGAUACUUUUUAUCAUGCAUUUGUCGCUACAAUCCAAGAACAAAUUAAUACAGUUAAUAAAUUACAUGAAAUACUAGAUGAAACUGCUCGUAAAACACUUCAAAUUGAUAGCUACUCUGGAACUCAAACUAAACUGAAUUUAUCAAAAUUUUUCAAUGAAAAUGAAAGCUCUUCGGAACAUGUUCUAUCCGACAGCCGUCUUCGUCAUGCAGAGACAUGUGCAAAAUGUGUUAUUAGUAAUUAUCCAAUUUUAUUCGAAGGCCCACCAGCAGUUGGCAAAACAUCACUGAUUGUGUACUUGGGAAAAAAACUAAUGGGAACAGGUAUGAAACUUGAACGAGUUAAUAAUUCUAGUACAACAUCGGUUCAAGACUAUAUUGGUUCACUUGUACCGUUUGGAUCAAACUUUGAAUUUAAACCUGGUUCUCUUGUACGUGCAAUGACCAAUGGAUAUUGGUUUUUAGCAGAUGAACUCAAUUUAGCUGAUCCAUCCGUACUAAGUAUUAUUCUAACAGUUCUUGAUCGGGGUGAGAUUCGUAUACCCGGAACUGGUAAAUUUAUUCAAGCUCACGUACAAUUUCGAUUUUUUGCUACACAAAAUCCAGCUUCAUCUCAAUUUAAAGGACGUAAUCGUCUGCCACCUAUUCUACGUAGUCGAUUUAUGGAAGUUCAAAUAGAAGAUUUUAGUCACAAUGAACUCGAAACCAUUUUAAAGAAACGCGUUGAAGAACCAUUGAUUGGUGUACCACGAUUGAUUUCAACAAAUGAAUUGAAAACGAAUUCUCAAAUGGCAACUACCAUGGCAUCCAUAUAUAUUGCACUUCAGAAUAAUCCAAAUCUACGCAUAACUAUGCGUGAAAUUAUAAAGAUAGAACGUCGUGCUUUAAUGUUUUCGAAUAAUUCAGAUAAUUGGCCUGAUGCUGCUAAAUCAUUACUAUUACUAAAAUUCAGUAAAUCGUCAAUUCAUUUUAACAGUUUAGCGAAACUCUUGGCAGAUAAAUGUAAUAUUGAAUUAAAACAAAUGCAGAUUGAUUCACAACCACGUAUAGAAGAGACAGAAAGUGGUGUUAAAUUUAGUCUUGGACAAAUACAAGCCUCCUUUUCGGAGGCUAAACGAGAACAAUCAGAUUUAUUCAAAUCUGAUUCGUCACCGCCAUAUUCAUUUCAACGAGCACUUGUACAAAUAGCAGUUGCUGUAAAAGCUCGAGAACCAAUUUUAUUGAUAGGUCCGACUAGUUUCAAAACAUUAUUGGUCAAAACGUGGACUCAAAUUAUUGGAAAAAAUGACUUAUUACAAUCGGUACAUUUAACUGCCGAAAGUGAUGCCAAUGAAUUAAUUGGGCAAAUGUGCCCAUUUUCGUUUUUUGCAACUUUACACGAAUUAGUGUCACUAGCCAAAGCUGUUUUGGCACGAUCUGCAUUAACAGUUUCAAUAAAAGUUAAGGAUGCCAAGUUAAAGGAGGAAUGGAAAGAUUUAGAGCGAGUAUUAUCGAAACGUAUUGAUGAUUUUCAGACAAAAAUAAAACAUGUUGAAGAUCAAGAAGUAAUCAAAAACAAUGAGCAAAGAAGACAGAAGGAAAAGUUACAAACAGCAGAAGAUGAAUACAAAAAUAAUAAUGCUGGGACAGACUCAAACUGGGAAGAUUAUUUAGAUACAUACGGCUCUGGUACAGGGGAAUUUGGUACAACAGAACUGAAUAAUGAAGAUAAUGAAAUUUUUGAUAACUAUGAGCUUGUUGAUAAUCCGUAUGGAGAGUUUGGAACUUCGAAUGAUCAUGAUGAUUAUUUGCCCAAUGAUGUCGAACAAACUUUAAAUUUAGAAUCAAACACUUUUGAAAAUGAAAAUACCAUACAUGACUCAGACCAAAAUAUUGGUUCUGAAACAAUUCAUAAUCAAAGUGCAAUCGAUGAAUCUUAUUCCUUUGAAUUUGAGACGCAUAGAUCAGCAAUGAGUGAAUCGCUUACUAAUCUUGAAAAUGAUUCAGAAUAUUUACAGGACAAUUUUGAACCAUUAGAUAAAGAAGAAUUGCAAACUUUACCACAAGAAUUAUUGAAUGCCGCUACAAACUUAUUAUCGUCACUUCUUGAUAUAAAAGAUAUUGCUAUUGUAGGAACAGAUGAAAGUUUAUUGCAAUCAAUUGAACGUAUUAAAUUCAUCUGGAACACAAUCAGUUCACCAUCAUUUAAUCGAAACAAACCAAUAUUUUUAUUUCGUGAUGCAGCUGUAACUCGUGCUGUGAAACUUGGUCAACCUAUUCUUAUCGAAGACUUUGAUUUAGCAAAUCAAGCUGCUACUGAACGUUUAAAUAGUUUAUUAGAACCAAAUCCAUGUUUUUCCGUUACAGAAGAUAUAACAUGUUCAAACACGACUAUUGAUGUUUUACCUGGUUUUCAACUAUUUGCUACUGUUCAUCAUGGGUCAGAAUCAGAACCAAUUAAAAUUAGUCCAGCAGCUAGAUCGCGUUUUACUGAAAUUCGUGUAGAAGGCUAUAGCGAUGAGGAAGCCAAAAGUGUACUUUCUCAGGAAUUGAAAAGAAGAUUACAAGAAAAUGAAAAAUGUUUUGCUGAAGGGAUAUGUGAAAGGCUUGAAACGCUUCAAAAAAAAUUGAAAACUGCAAUGGAUAUUAGUGUACGUCAUGAACACUCUCAUUAUGAUUUAAUCAAAUUUCUUCGAAUUAUCGACUGUUUAUCUUCAUCUACUACGGGACUUGAUCUUAAUAAAAGACUUCUAGUGGCAGUUCGGUUUUUUUUAUUGGAUGGCGUAACAUCUGGCAAAGAUAUUGCUAAAUCAUGGAUUGAAACUUGGGGAUUGUCACAUGAAGAGUUGGAGCAAACAAAAAAGAAUAUUGAUUCAAUAUUCGAUGAACCAACACUAGAUCAUGUUUCAGAAUUCAUAAAAGUUACAAAUAAAGCAAUUAAAAGUGCAUAUUGUGAUAUUUGUAUGCCAUUGCGUGACGAUGACAGUGAAGAAAAAGUUUUUUCUUGUUUGCGUAUAUCUUCAACAAAAACAACAUGUAAAAAUAUUGCUCGAUUAUUUACAGCCGAUUCAGCACGAGUUCCACUACUUCUUGAAGGGCCACCUGGUAUUGGUAAAACAGCAAUUAUUGAUCAAGUAUGUAAAUUAAGAGAUGAGAAAUUAGAACGUAUUAAUAUGUCAGCAAAUACAACUGUAGAACAAUUAUUUGGUAGUAUUGUUGCCAAAAGCGACGGACAACAACGUACAUUUGUAUGGCAAGAUGGUGCAGUCACACGUGCCUUACGAAAAAAACAUUCAAUUUUGUUUGAUGAAAUUAAUUUGGCACCGCCAGAGGUUUUAGAAUCAGUUGUUUCAUUAUUACAGCGUGAUAAAAAGACUAUAGUGUUAACGGGAAAUACAGAACCUAUAGAGUUGAAUUCAAGAAUUUAUGCCACUAUGAAUCCAGCAAAUAUCGGUGGAGGUCGUAGUCGUUUACCGAGAUCGAUUUUUCGCAUGUUCACUUCAGUGAAACUUGAUCCAUAUGAUGAUAUUGAACUUCAACUCAUCGUAACAAGUGUAUUUUCUGAUUUAUUACCAGAAAAUAAAAAUUCUGAAACAACAAAAACAGGUGAUUGGCCUAUAUUAACUCAUGAACAAUUGAAUCAAGUAUUUAAAUUACAUAAAGAAAUUCACAAACUAGUUUCAUCACGAGAUAUUGGACAAACAGGUGGCCCACAUGAAAUUAACCUUCGAGAUUUAAUAAAAUUAUGCGAUGUUUUACGUAAAAAUGCUCCUGAUCUACGUGAUCAUUACACAUUUUUUCCUAAAACUUCAUCAGUUAGUGGAGUCAAACUCGAUAUUCGACUGAUUAUAAUUAGAAAAUUCUUUCGUCUUGUAUAUGGGAUGCGAUGGCAAGAUAUUAACGAUCGAUUAAAAGUUGAUGCACUAAUUAACAAAUAUCUUCCUAUAUCGGACAAAAUAAACAAUGAAGAAGAUAAUACGUCUUCAAUUACAAUUGAUACAUCAACGCUCGGUUUUAUUCGAGUUGGAUCACUUUAUGUACGCACAGGUCACACAGAAGAUUUCGAUUUUGGAAAAGGUUUAGUUCAUACGCCGAAAACCGUAGAAUAUCUUGAAAUGCUUGUAGCUGCGUUGCAAAGUAAACGAGCAACAAUGUUAAUGGGACCAACGGCAUCAGCAAAGAGUGCACUACUAUAUGAACUUGCUCGUAUUUGUCGUCGACAAUUAAUUGUUCUGCAUUUAACACAAGAAACUGAAACAGCCGAUUUAAUUGGUCAAUGGGUACCUCAUGUUUGUGAAGAAACAAAUCGAUCAUUAGACACAUACCCAUUUAUGACACAUAUUGAUAAUUUUAUAAAACGUCUUACAAAAUUUUUUCUUAUAUAUGUUUGUCCAGUUUUAAAACAAGAAAACUUUGAUGUCGAGCGUGAAAUUAAAAAUUUAUUACCGAAAAUAGUCUCUGAUUGGCUUAAUAUUCAAACCAAAUUUCAACUUUAUUUUAAUUCACUUAACAUUUCUUCAGAUUCGAACUUAAAAACAGAACAAGUCGAAAAUAAUGAUAACAGUGAAAAUCAAUCGAAUUUCUCACAAGAAAACGAGAAAGAAGUACCAUUAUUAACAGAGGAAUGCAUAAAAUAUUUAAAGUUUAUUGAACAAGAAUUAUCAAAACAAAUUGUUAACCUUGAAAGACAAAAAGAUCUUUGCUCAGAUGCAAAUAUUUUAUUAUUGGAUUGUAAAUAUCUUAUUCGUUUGGUAAAAAUACAUCAUGAAAAUCAAUUACCUCAAAAAUCACACUACACAGAAGAAAGUACUACAGAAAGUAAGAAACUUGAAAUGACAUUCAAGUUUAUUGAAUCCCAACUUGUUAAAGCCAUUCGUGAAGGUCAUUGGGUCGUAUUAGAUAAUAUUAAUAGUGCACCGCCAGAAGUACUCGAACGAUUAUUGUCAUUAUUUGAAGAGAAUCCAGUACUGAAUUUGUAUGAAAAUAAUUCAACAGAAGAUGAGAAUAAUAACACAGAAGAACUUAGUGGAGAUAAGAUUCAUCCAGGUUUUGCUCUUUUUGCUACAUGUAAUCCAAAACUUGAAGGUGCCAACAAACUUUCAAGUGCAUUAACCAAUCGAGUCCUAUGUAUAUCUUUAGAAGCUUUAGAUAAUGAUAUUAUAUCAGAUGUGAUUAUAGAUAAAAAUAAUAUCAGUAAAGAUAAAAUAUUUGAUCCAACAAAAACAAAUAUAUUUAAAAUAUUGUUAGAUCAAUUUGUUGGUGUUCAUGGUGGUUAUGAACUUCUAUCAUUUUGUCUACUCUGUCAUGCUGAUGCUAAAAUGAUGCUACAAAAUGAACAAAUACAUCCUAUAAAAGGAUUUCAAUAUUCUUUUCGAACAUUACAAUAUACUUGUUCGACAGCUCGUUAUUCAAUGAAUCAAUAUCAAUUAGCACCAUUACAUGCAGUGAUUUGGAGAUUAUUACGUAAUUAUACAAUGUGUAUCACAAACUUAGAAGAGAGAACAUUAUUAAUAAAUUCAUUUAAGAAACAUUUAGAGUCACCAUUUGUUAAGAAGAAUACAUUUACAUUUGUAAAACCAAUUAGUUAUGGUUCGAAAAAUCAACUUGAUCUUGAUAUUGAUGAAUUAACUGAUACAGUUAGCAAAGCUGAAAUGUUGAUUUGUGAUGCAAUGUGUAUACUUAUGAUUCAUUUCGUAGAAACUGAAGUAUCAGCUGACAAUAUUGCCGAUUUCAUUCGUGGAUUUGUACAUAACGUGUUGUUACAACAGCGACCCUAUUUAAAACAAGAACUUGGUGAACUGUGGAAAUUAAUAGAUUCAACAGGUCCAUUAUCAGAAAAAGCAAAAAUAGAAAUUUUAAGUGAUAGAACACGUGAAUUACUUUGCGGUGAUAUAACGCGUCAAAGUAUUGAAAUAUUAUCAACACAAAUUGAACUAUGUGGAAUUAAAUUAUAUACUAAACUAUAUAAAUUUAUUGAAUAUGUAUCAGUUUUUGAUUCAGAAAAACAAGCGAUGGUAUUAAAACGAAUUUGUAAAGUUUUUGAAAUUUUUGAAAAUUUAUUCAAAAAUAUCGAAUUUUCGCAAACACAUACUUCUCCGACAGAACAACUUUGGUAUCAAACACAAAUGUUAAUUCGUAAAAUAAAUUCGUUCAAUCUUAUUUUAUCUUCAUUUCGAAUAGUUAAUCAAAGUUCUCUUAUUCAAUUUUCUGAUGUUUUACAACCAUUAUUUGAAAAAGUUGGACAAAGAAGUAGUGGAUUUGCAAUUCAAGAUAUAUUAAAGAAACCACUUACUACAAUAGUAGUGAAUUUAGAAAAUGUUUUAUCAAAAAUUAAAAAUUUUCAUGAUAGAUUUAGUCAAUCAGAAAAUAAUGAAACUUAUCAAUUCAUUCGACAAAUUCUCAAUCGAUUUUUAAUAGUUGCGGGAUGGUGUGCAGUUAUGUGGAAAACAACUAUUAAUACAUUAGAGCAACAAAUAAAUGUUCGUUGUAUUGAUACAAGAAAGAGUUUAUUAACAAUUCAACAGCUCCAAAUAUGGGAUAUAAAAUUAACUAUGUGUGAAUGUUUACCAGAUGCUAUAGAAAAACUUGAAAAAGCAUCAUCUGCAAUAGCAUCAAAUGAUUCAAUUCGCUUUGAUGAAUGUAAGAAAUCAAUUCAAUCAAUACGAAAUCUUUUUCAAACAAAUUACUUAAAAAAUAUUCAAAGACAAUUAAUGGUUAAAACAAUUCAAAAACAUGCACAAUGUUGUGAAUGGUUACAAAAAUUAAUUUAUGAUUCUUCAGCUGGCCAUCUCAUUUCAUUAGAAUAUGCUUUGAAUGAAAAUUUCAAAAUCAUUUUAGAAAGUAUUGAAUCAAAUGAAAUUCAUAGUCCUUUUUCAUUUAUAUGGAUUGGAUUAUUUUUUACAUCUAUAGCUAAAACGAUACCUAGUAGAGUUUAUGUACGUAUUAUAAACUCGAAUUCAAAACAUGUUCAAGAAAUUAACGACGAUGAGUUUAGAAGUUCUGUAUUAGACAAAAAUGAUGGACUUGAUCUUACAUUUUAUAUUGAUACAGAUUUAUUUGAAUCAAAUAUUGCGUUAUGUAUUACAAAUUUUAAUAGAUCAAAAAAAGAAGCCAAUCAAGUUGUUUUACUAUCUAAUAUUGAUAAUCCAUCUUUACUACUUGAUCAACUUAAGACACCAUUCAAAGUUAUAGGAGCUUCUAUAACACAAAAAGAAUAUCAAUUACCAAGUUUAACUCAAGAUUUAUUUUUAGAUCAUUCUACAGAUGUUUUAAAAGAAAAAAUUUCAACAAUGUUAACAGCAAUUGCAUCUUUCAAUUGGAUUUCACAUACAUUUGAUCUUGAAUCAAUAACUUCCCAAAGAAAUAAAGAAUUUCAGAAAGAAAUAGAAAUAUUUCUUAUAGAUUUGCUGAAUAAAAGUUCUUUAUUAGUUAAAAGUUCAAAUGCUAAAAAUUGGACAGAAAAUAACACUGUAAUAGUACAUGAAUUAAUACAAACAUUAUGCAUCACACUCAAUCAUUUACGUAAGACUCAGCGAGGAGAAUGGAACGAUACUGAAUUAGAAACUAAAGCAUUAGAAAUAGGUGACAAAGCUAAAGAAUUUAAAGAAAUAUCUUCAAUUAGAUCAACAAUUAUUAAUGAAAUGAAUGAACGUUGGAAAACAUCAAUACUUGAUCGGAAAUUAUUACAACGAGUUUUACAAUUACCAAUUGAAAUUAGUAACACAAUUCCAUUUGUUCUAACAGAAAUUCAAAAUAUUGUUCAAACUCAACAUAUCAAAAUAAAUAAUAAAUUAGAAGCACAAAUAAAAUUAAUAGAUUCAAUGAAUUCCUUGGUCAAAAUAUUUGUUAAUAAAGCAUUUUCUACUGCAACAGAAGAUGAUUCGAUUGAUCAAUAUACUAUUGAAGAACAUAGUAAAUUACAAAUAGAAUUCUUAUCACAUGUUGUUGAAGCAAUAUGUUAUAAUUGGUGUAUUCAAUUACAUACGACAAAUGAAAGAAAUUUUGAACUUCACAUUAAUGAAACAGGAAAAUUGGACGAAAUUUCAUUUUAUAAAAUGAAGCAAAUAAUUAACCGAGUGAAAGGUAUUCUGACAAUUGAUGAUAGUAUAAUCAAUACUACUAACAUACAUACAGCUAUUAAUGUUGCUAUUGAAAUUUGUCAAAAUGAAUUGAAAAACAAUAAUAGAACGGAUUCAAAUGACGCUAAUGAAUCUGAACAAUUGAUAUCAGAAACAUCUGAAAAUGUACAUUUAAAGGAGUUACGUGAAGAAAAACAAAAGUUAGAAAAACUCUUAGAAGAAGCCCGCCAAAUACGACCAUAUCCUAUCCUAACUAUUGAACGAGCUCGUAAAAAUCUACUAGACAUUGAAAAUUGGAUUGAGACAUUGAAAAGUAAAAAACAACUAACUGAAGAAGAAGUAAAAGAAAUUUUUCUCUUAAAAGAGAGUAUAAGUGUUAUAAAACGAAACAUUCAAACUUUAAAAAGUCCUGGUAAAAGUAAAUUACAACACCUUUAUAAACAUUUACAACGAGUCAAUGAUUACAUUCAGGAUAUGAACCAUUGUUCAGCAAUAGAGCAGCUACGGUUAUCAUAUGAAGAAAGUCCUAUUGAUCGUUCACUAACUGAAAAACUGAAAGAGUCUUGUAAUAACCUACAACAACUAACUCAAUUAUCAGAUGAAAUCCAAAAAUUAGAAAAAACUGACUUUUUGACACAAUUAAUUGAAGAAUCGUAUGCAGAUUGGGGUUGGUGGCAGCUAUUAAAUAUAUCGACUUCAUGGUUUCGUUCGGAAACCAAUAAUAAUCUUGAACAACUUCAAAGUCAAAAAUUGCAUGCUGUCGCAGCUAUUCUAAAUGAUAAAAUAGCUAUGGAAUUUAGUCGUAGAAAUUUAAUUUUCGAGCAACAAAAUACAUCUAAUAAAAUUGAAAUUGAAAAAUUAUUCGAAAUUAUUGUAUGUGAACAUUCAAAACAUGUUACUGAACUUGGAAGUAAAUUAAGAAGAAAUAUUCAUGAAAAAAAAAUUAUUACUUGGAAUUCUAUACAAGCCGCUUGUCAACCGAUAGCUAAACAAAAUGUAGAAAACAAAUUAAAUUUUAUUAAUUUAUUUCGUUUUGUUGAAAUUCUUCAUAUUCGCAAACGUGAUUUAGACAACACAAUGAGUAGUUUUCCUUGGCAUGCAUCAUAUAUAUUACAACCACGACUUUUACGUUGUUCAGAUUUAAUAACAUGGCUAUGUCCAGAGUAUUUGCAAAUAGUUUCUGAAAUUGUUGCAAUCGAAAUGAAUGUCGAAAUGUUUAUUUACGAUUCACAAAAUCCAAAACCUAAUUUGACUUUUGUCAAUCGAACGAAUAUUUUUCAUCCAAGUUUUAAUGAACCAAAAAGCGAUUGGCACAUUAAUGCGUGUAAAAUUUGUAAACAUACAGAAAAUUUAACCUCAUCAAAUUUUAUAUUUUCUUCUAAUCAAGUAAAAUCAAUAGCUGAUUUUCUAGUUAAUUUAUUAAACGAAACAAUAACAAAGAAACCACCAUUUUUAUCUUUACAGCAAAAUAUACCAUUAGAAAUUAUUCUUGGACUUGUUAUGACGAAUAUUACAAUUUAUUUAGAAACUUUACGUGGAAUAACUGAAGAAUUAUCGAAAAAACUAAAGAACAUCGAAGAUGACGAAAAAAGAAUUCUGACAGACCUGCGUAGUUUAGAUGGUGAAUUAAAAGAAUUAGAAGCUAAAUUAAAAACUUCUCAACGUCUUCGAGAUAUGGGUGCACUAGGUGCUGGGGAUCGUAUAGAUGAAUUACUUAAGAAAAGAGAGGGCCUUAUUGGAGAACAAAGUAAAUGCAAGGAAGAACUUGAUAAAAUUAAGAAAAAUAAAGAGCAAAUUGAAAAAAAUCUUCUCGAACAAAAACAUCAAUGUGGCCAAAAGAUUCAAGAAGAUAUUUUCCAUAAAAUGAAUCAAAUAAAUACAGAAGUUAAGAAAAUAAUGACAUGUAUUUCAAGAAGUGUUUCUUUAGAUUCAUCGCCUUCUAACGGUAAACUUAAUCAAAUUCUAUCAAAUCAUUUGAAUAUAUUUAAAAAACUUUAUUUUACUAAUGUCACAACAGUUAAUGACUGGGGCGAAUCGAUCUAUCAAACAUUAAAAACUCUUCGAGGUUUAUUUUCUGAAGUAGAAACCAUUUUACAGAAAUUAAUGAAUGAUGAUCCAUUACGAAUAUUCAUUGAUUGGACUCUGACAUGUAUACUAGAAGGAUUAACAUGUUCUGCUAACAACACAACAGUAUACAAUAGAUGGCAAAAUAAUGUCAACAAUAUAGAAUUAUUUAAAGCUACGGAGAAAUGUCGUGAAAUUAAGAAAUCUUUACAUGAAAUAAUAGAACGUGCAGCAAAGACUACUCUUGAUGUUCCAAUUGUAUCCGAACUUCUAGAUAAAUCAACCAAAUUGUAUAAUGACUUUGAAAAUAGCGAAAAAACAAUUUCUAUUUCGGAUAAUGAUGAUGAGUCUUCAACACGACUUGUACAAAUGGUCAGUCGUUUUGUAUAUCAAUUAGUAGCAUGUCUAACAACUCUAGCAAAAUAUUAUGGAAUUACACUUAAAAGUGAACAAGAACAAAUUGCUGAUUAUACAAAACAAAUUUUAUUAUCAACUAGUAAAAGUAAAUUUAUGUGGAUUAAUUCUGGUAAAGAGGCAGAUCUAUUAAAAACAAUUGAUCGUUUACGUCAUGAACUUCCACAAGUCGAAGCUGCUUUAUCAAGUAUAUUUAUAUCAAAAACUACUGGAAGUCUUCUAUCACCACUCUCACUGAAUAUUGAUUUGGAGCAAUGUCUUCUCAGUAUUGGAAAUACAGUUUUACCAUCCUCUUAUUUAUUGAAAAAUUUUGUUGAAAAAUGUUUACUUUCAUUUGUUGGACGUGAUAUUACACGAAUUGGUAAAAUUUAUUCAGAAAAUAUUGUUACUCUAAUUCUUGAGUUUAUUCAAGCUACCAAUGAAGUUGCCAACAUUCCAAUGAGUAUAUCUAAAGCAGAUGCAGCUGCUGGUGUUAUUGAAAAGAUGAAUACUAUAUCGAAAUUUGUUGAAACUGGACAAAAACUUGAUUUUCAGGGUCGUAAUAUUCGAUCUGAAUUACCAUGGGAUGUCUUCAAUAGAGCUCAUGAGAACGUUAUUCGUGAAAUAUUGAAAUCUGCUACUACAGCAGUUGCUAAAACUUUUUCUAAGAAAAUUGCUCAAGAAGUUGCAAAUUCAUCAAUAAUUGGUGCAUAUGCAUAUUCGAAUGAAAGUAAAUCGAAUCAACAGAUUUUUGAAAAAGACAAUAAAGGUUUGUUUAAAUUACGUUAUAAUGAAUUACGGUUAUGUGACUUUGCUCGAAGGUCAGACUAUUUAAAACAAUUACUUUGUCGAGAAACACAAUUACCAGAUUUAGGAUUACAACCAAAUUUAGAAUUUGAUUUCGAAAAGUUACAUGAAGUAGCUAUUAUUCUUGAUAAAACCGUUCAAACAACCGGAAAUCUACUUGUUGAUUUAAUGGAUUGUCUUACGCAACCACAAUCUCUAGGUUGCAUUAUAAAUAAUUUUAAUGAUUUUGUUAAACAAAUCGCUAAGGAUAUGACAAGCGAACUCUUGAAUGAAGAAAAUGCUAAAAAAGUAUUGUUAGCUGCUAUACAACAAGCUAGAAAUUUCGAAUCACUUUCAAAUACUGGUGAUAUUCCAGUUCGUAUUGUUUGUUCUGCAGAACAAAAACCAAACUUAUCAUUCAUACCACCGUCAUUUAAUGUAUUACCUGGACACUUUCGAUCAUUUUCUGUUGUCUUCACUGUAUCGGCACAAGAGAGUAUGCUGAAUACAAAUGCAACAAUUUCUGCACAAGCACAUGUUGGCAAUGAAGAGCCUAAACCAAUGGGUAAAUUAAUAGUAACAGGAAGUGUUCAUUGUUCAAAAGUUGAAUUAUCAGAAACAACAAUUGAUUUUGGUGAUUUAAUUUCUGGAAGUGGAACUCAUGUAAAUAGUUUAACUUUGAAAAAUAAUAGUAAUCUUAAAAUCAAAGUACGCUUUGGCAUUACAUGUUUAAGAGAAUGUUUAUCUGGAAUAGAAGUUUUACCUAAACAAUUGAUAAUUUUUCCAAAAUCAUCAGAAAAAGUUAGCAUCGUUUUGCGUUGUGCAGAUAAAGUCGAUGAAGUGAAAGCACAACUGAUUGUAGUUUAUGAGGGUGCUGAACCACAAACAUUACCAAUCACAGCUAACAUUCAAGAGCCCCAAUUUAAAAUUUAUUUACCAUCCUCAAGCGAUCAUUGGAGAGCAGGAGAUAAUGUAGACCUUGAUGUUGUUUUAAAUGAAACUCGAUUUAUCACAUUAGUUAUUGAAAAUUUGAACAAUGUUGAAUUAAAUGCUAUUACUAAAAUCGAACAAACAUCAAAAGAUUGGAUCAAUAUAAUUGAUGAAAUUGUUGUAAUAAAAAAGAAAGAACGUGAAAAUAUUCGUUUAUGGAUUUUUGGAAGGGAAGAAGGUAUCUUUUCGACCUUAUCAAGAAUUAUAAUUGGUUCAAAAGAAUUGAGAAUAAAGAUUAAGAUUACGUGUUGUAAAGCAAACAUUGCAGCAAGUUUGAAAACCGACAUUAAUACUAUAAAUGCUGACAUAUAUUGGCUUAAAGAGCAUAAUCUCAUAGAAAAUCGUCGAUUGUUACCUUUCAAUUGCAUACUGGAACUUCAAAAUAAUGGACGUAUAAUAUCAACGGCACAUGCUGAUUUAUUACAGUCAUCAAGUAGUUUUAAAAUAAUUGAACAAAACAAUCAUUCUGUAAAUAACAACGGCAGAACAGUUGACAUUGAAUUGGAACCAAAAAUGAAAAAUUCGUUGUCCAUUUUAUCACAUUUAUAUCGCUUUAAAAACAGUAAAAUUAAAUGCAACAUAAAAAUUCAAGAUGGAACAACAAAGACUAUUCAAUGUGAUAUCAAUGUCAAAUGUGGUCAAUUACUUUGUGAAAAUUAUUGGAAAGAUUUUGGAAAUAUGACGACUAAUCAACAGUAUACUUUUGAAACAAAACUUUUUGCAAAAGAGGACCCAGUGCAUUUACUUGUUAAGUAUGUACCAACAUCACAUUUAGCAUUGAAAUAUAUUAUGGUCAAGAUCAAUAACAAGGAAGUAUUACCUACAGCUAAGGCACAUAUUCAUAUAACAUUGGAAGAAUUUGUGAAAGAAAAUGUAAGACAUGAAAUUAUAAUUCCAUGUGGCUCUUUUGCUAUCCUAAAAGUUGUUCUUCAACUAAAAGAUUCUUUUCAAAUAACAAAUAGAGAAUCACAAUUUUUACAAGAAAUACAAGUAAUUUCUGUUAGAGAAGCAUUUCUUGGUCCUGAUCACAUUGUUUAUGAACAUCGUCCAUUCUGUUUUAUUAUGUCAGGUACACUAUCUUCAUCCAAACAAAACAUUAUUCAUUCAAACAUAUCUAUCGAAACUUUAAACAAAUUAUUUACUGAUAUACUAUCGAUUUAUUGGGAUACACUGGGAAACAGCUUAGAUUUAUAUCGAAAUUCUGUGAACGAUGCUGAGAAAAAACAAAUUUUGGACCAGAUAAAAGAUAUACUUAACAAAUCAUUUCAAAAUCGACAAAUAGAAAAUGUCUAUAACAUAGGCAAAUUGAUCGAUGAAAUACAGCAACCUAUUUCAGGUUUAAAAUUAGCUCAUUACUUCAUUCAAACACUUGUUCAUACAUGGAAUAUUCAUCCAGUUUUAACGCUUCCUUUAUCACAAGUUACAAUAGAAAAUUCAAUUGAUGUAGCAGCUGCAUGUUUAUCAACUCAACUGUUUAAAUCAGAUCAACAACAACACAUAUUCAUCGAAUUAGUUUCUUUAUUUCAUUAUACGACAAAGUUUAAUCUAUCUUCAAAGCCAUCCUAUGAUCAAAUAAUAACAAUACUUGAUUGUGCCCUAAGACCAUCACCAGCAUUAUUUGAAAUAUUUUCGAAAUUUUUAGGCUACGGUUGUAAGAUUCUGACCGAGCAGAACAUAAAUUUAGAUUAUAUUGUACAACAUUGGCCGUGGAAUACAAAUAUUUUAAAACAAACAGCGAUUUCAAUUUCUAAAGCAAUAUCUGUAUUAUUUGUUGAUCAAAAUAUCUCUGAACAUGAAAAGAUACAAAAUUUAGCAGAUUUUUUCAAAAUAUUAAUAAAAUCAAUGAAACCUAAUUUGAAUUUAUUAUGGAAUUCUUAUUUACAAUUGGAUAUGACAGAUACAAUUUCAAUAUCAGAAUCAUUUCAAAUAAUAUGUAAUAUGAUACCAGAAGACUUUAGCAUUAGACAAGAAGCUUAUCUACUUGCAGAUAUAGCGAAAACUUUGUUGCAUUUCCGUGCACGUCCUCAAUCAUCAUUGAACAAGCUCACAAGCUAUUCAGUUGAUCUUUUAGAUUGUCAAACUGAUGAAAUUCGCACUAUUUGGACAAAUAGAAAGCCUAGAUGGGAAAGUUGUAUUAUUUGUUUAAUUACAUAUAUUUUGGAUCGAGGCUCGAUUGUAGAAACUUUACUCAGAAACUCUCACAGAUGGCCAGAAGAUGAAGAAGAACUUCAAAAUUAUAUUCGCCGAGUGGUGGGCCAUGAAAUUCAAGAUGAAUAUAUACAAAAUACAGCAGAAAUAGUGUUUUUAUGGAAGAAAUCUCUACGAGAUGGAAACAGUUCAAGUAUAAUAAGCAACGCAUCCAGUCUUAUUUCAUAUUGCAGUAAAAUAGGUUUGAUACCACCCUCAAAACGAAUAAGUUAUUUGAAUCGUGCAUUAUUAGCAAUCGAAAGAUUGUAUAAUUAUUUUCAAACAUAUGAUAAUUCAGCAAUUGAUAUUUGGUCAGAAUUAGUUAUCUUAUGUGGGUGUAUAUCGGAUAAAUGGCGAAAGUCCCCUGUAUGGUAUGCAUCAGACGCAUUAUUUCAAUUUGAAAAACAUCCUUCAAUGCAAAAUGCUUUAAGUAUUUUUAUUCAAGGUCUUUAUCAAAUGGCAAAAGAAAACAACUGUUCUGCAUUCAUUAACCAAUUCAGAUCUAUUACAUCUUUUAAUGAAAAUAAUCAAAAAGCUAAACUCAAAACAAUUUUUGAUGUUUUAAACUGGUCAUCAUCUAGUGAAAUUAUUAAUGCACGAAACGAAUGUGAAUUCCUACAUUCACUUGAAAAAGUAAACAAUUAUGAUGUUAAUAAAGCGGCAAAAUCGAUGCUUUCCUUAUGGCAAAAUUAUAAGAUUUUGUCAAAUAUAGCAUCAAUGAAUGAACGUUUUCAAUCGGUAUUCUUUAACAUUAUAGAAGUGGCUAUAAACGAAGGUUAUCAAAUACCUAACAAAGACUUGAAACAACUUAUUAAUGCUGUCAGUUUGUAUGCAUACGAUCGUAACAAUCAACUUUUUGAUGCAAUUCGUUCUCCUUCUUUGAUACUUAGUGCCAUGAAUGUUCAUAAAAAUUUACUAAUAAGCCAAGGCAAAUAUUCAUCGUCUAGUGAAAUUAUUCAAACUCAUCAGAAACCUGUAUUCAUGAGGAACAUUUCAAAAUGCUUUUUAGAUAAGGAUAAAUUGCCGAAAUACAAACCUUCUUUUUCUUAUGAAAAUGAAGAUGUUGAUAAUCCUAAUCAAUGGCUGAAACGUAUGAUAAAACCCGAUGAAGUAGGAUCCACUGUUGCGGAAUCAAUUUCAACAACAACCUCUUCAAUCGACGAACAUUCCAAUGAUAAUUUCGAUUCUUCAAGUGACAACAAUCGAUAUGAAAAUGUUAAAAUAGAUUCAAACAAAGUAUCGACAACUUUACAGGAAAUUAUGGAUGAUUUAUCAACUUCAUCGAAAAACAGAAGUUUUGCAGAGGAACAAUUACUUAACAGUAUCGUUCGUUUAUCUCAAAUUGUUUCUAACUGGUCACGCAGUUUUACAAAUAUCUGUUCGCUUAUUCGAAAUGACAAACAUGUCAGUGAUGAGAGAAAAUCAUUGGCAUUUCAAAUUAUUAUUGACGGUGUAAAUCUCCUAAGAUAUCUAUUAGGAUUAGAGAAAAACUUUGCUAUAUUUGUCAGUGAUCCAUUAUCACAAUUUAUUCAAGGACAAAUGAGAGUAUUGAGAAAUAAGCUUUCAUCAAUACCAAUUCGAAUGGUAUCUGAAGAACUUUCAUCUCAAUUUCAACAUUUACAUAUAUUUAAACAGAAAACUGAUGAUGAAGAUGAAGAAGAAGAUACUAUUCCAGUUUUAGAAGGAAAUAUCUACAAAAAAACUGAUGAAAAAACCAGAAAAUCUGAUGUUGACCAUGAUGACCCAUUUGCACAUUUGAAACAUGGAGAACAAACGAAAAUAGUAGAAAAAAUAAGAAACAUAGAUAAAGAAAAACAGAAAUUUGCUUUACCCUCAUUUGAUUCAUUUUUUCCUAAUGAAACAGUUGCAGAAAAUAACUUGAACGAUGAAGAAAAACCAAAGACUCUUGAACUAAAAUUUGUAAAAGAGCUACAACGGAAAAUUCUAAAUUCGUCACAAAAUGUCCACAAGAAACGCAGGGCUGAAGCAUCCAAAACAGAUACAUCAAAGCCAACUGAUUCUCAUUCUAACUUUCAUCCAGUCUCCAAUUAUCAACCCAAUCCUCGGACUGACUACUCAGAUAUGAGCAAUACAGAUGUAGAAGUUCAAACAAGUUUAGAUCGAAUAGCUGAAAUAAACUUUACUACACAAAUGGAUACAAUUUCUCAUUUAACACCAUCUAAAGAAAAAAUUCGUGAAUUGUUAAACGACGAAAAUAUUUAUGAUUUAUAUCGAAGUGGAUCUUAUCGUAUGAAACAAAAUAAUCCAAUGGCUGUAUAUAAUUCAAAAUUAGAAGAUUUGCUCAAUAUUCCAUCAGAAACGUGGACCUAUCAAAAAUUAGCAUCCUGUGAAUCAAUAAAGACUGUGAUUGACACUACAUGCGCCAUAGUUCGAGAUGAACUAAGUGAUCUGUUUAGUAAAAUUUCAAAUCCAGUUGCAUUUGAAUGGAUAAUUAUAAUCGAUAAUAGUGGAUCUAUGAGUGUUUAUGAGAAUUUUAUUCGUGAAGCUUUGAUCAUUCUAUUAGAAACAUUAAAAAAACUUGAAUGUCAUGUAGCAGUAGGGCGAUUUGGAAAUCGUGGUCCACGUAGUCAAGUCAUUUUAAAACAAUUUGACCAGCCGUUAACAUUUCGUCUUGGUCAAAUGUUACUUGAAGCAUUAUCGUUUAGUGAAAGUUCUCAUGUUGCAACUGGUGUUGAAGCAAUAGCUAAUUAUAUAUGGGGUCAUUCAGAAAAAUCUUCAACAAUAAAUGUUAAACGAAUUGCAUUAGUUAUAACAGAUGGCUUAUCAGAAGAACUACGUGAAGAUAAAGAUCAAUUUACUGAUACAAAAAGAGCAUUCGACUUUUCUAUAGCGAUAUUACAUGUUCGUUCUACGCGAUUAGCUGAAAAAAUGGAACGAUUACAGUCUUCACUAGAGCAAGUUUGCAAUAACUUAUAUGUAUCAAUCGAUCCAUUUGAGCCUUCUGUAAAAAGUUUAGCUAGUUCGACAUCAAUUUUAUUGGCUCUGGCAUUUAAACAAAUAAUUAAGUCCAUGCAUGACCCAUCACUAACGUCCUCAUUACAAACAUCUGAUAAGACAAGAACUGUAUAUAUAAAACCAAUAUCAAUUCAAUCUUGUGAACAAAACCGAAACUCUGAUUAUAUAUGGCCAGCAGAAAAUUUAGAAAAAAUAACAACCUAUGAAGAUGCAUUAGAAAAUGAUGGAUCUGGUUCAAUUGCAAAAUCAUUAUGUUUUGUUAAUUUACCAAAUAAUGCAUUACCGAACGAAGAUAAUGCAAUAAAUUCACUUCAACAAGAUAAUAGAACACAGGAUAUAGACAAUUAUCAGAAGAUACGCUUAGAUUAUAUGGAAGAAGCACAAAAAAAACUUGAAAAUGAAUUGAAAUAUGUUCGAUUUCAAUGUCACGAAAAGAUUCAAGAAGCAAAACAAAUAUGGCAAAAAGCACAAAUAAAACAAUCAAAAUUAAUUACUGAAUUAACAAAUGUAUUUGAAGAUUAUGUGAUGCCAUUUAAUAAGUUUAGUCGCCGUCGUGCUGAUUUUUCUGGACCAUUGUAUUUACCUGGUUUAGUAAAAGCAAUUGCCACUGAUUUUGCUUAUAAACGAAUUGGAAGCUCAAAAACAGCAGGUGGUAAACGUCAUUAUAGUGUUGUAUUUGCCAUUGAUAUAUCAAUGUCCAUGAUUGGUCAUUUAGAACAGUGUGCUAUGGAAAGUUUACUCUUAUUAACAUCAGCACUCGUUCAAUGUGGAAUUGAGAAUUUUGGAAUUAUUUUAUUUGGUCAUAAUGUACAAAUCCUUAAGAAAUUCGAACAACCAUGGGAUGAAGUUACGAUUUACAUGUUACUUAAAACUUUUAUGAUAUCUUCGAUGAUUGGUACAAAUGAUGCAAUUGCAAUUGAAUAUGCACUUGAUAUGUUAUCACAAGAACCUACUUCAAAUAUUAAAAAGAUUUUCGUUUUAACAGAUGGUUAUACAACAUGUGGUUUAGGAUUAAGCGAAGCUUUAGUUCGUGCUGAUUCAGAAAAUGUUGAAGUCAUUGGAAUUCAAGUUGGAUUUGAGCGACCAUGUGUACAUCGUUUUUAUCGCGACUGGAUCAUUGCGGCUAUUCCAUCAGCACUUUGUGAUGCAUUUCGAUAUAAAUAUCGAAAAGAUAAUGAUGGUCCUUUUCCAAGUUUAUCAGAUGACAAUUCAUUAUCUGAUAAACGAAUUAUACAAGGGACAAAUGAUGAUCCACAGGAAUUACUCAAAAAUUUUCAAUCUCAAUUUUCUUCUAUAGAAGAAAUUCUUAGAACAGAGAGAGAUGCACAUAUAAAUGGUGGUUCAGGAGGUGGUAAUAUGAGCUUAGAUGUUUGUUUUGUUAUUGAUGUUACAGCAAGUAUGACACCUUGGUUAAGUGGUGUCAAAAAACAAAUCAAAGCAAUAACAGAUGGUAUUACCGAAAGAAUAGAAAAAGAUUUUCCAGAUCUAAAUUUCAUUUUAAGAUAUGCUGUAGUUGCAUAUCGAGAUGAAGGUGAUAAUCUACCAAUUGAAAAGCUUAAAUUUCAGAACUCAUUUGUAUUGGAUAGAAAAUUAACAGCUGAACAACAAAAGGAACAAAAGAAAAGAUUUCAUGAUGAACAGACUAAAAGGGUACGUGCAUUUUUAUCACAAUUAAGAGCAGAUGGAGGUGACGACGAGCCAGAAGACGUUCUAGGAGCAUUAAAUCAAGUUAUGUUAUUAAAUUGGGAAGCUAAAGUAAAAUUUGCUAUAUUAGUUUGCGACGCACCAGCUCAUGGUCGUGAAUGUAAUGAUUCAAUAAAUGAUCGUUUUCCGAAUGGACUUAAUUUCACAGUUGAAGAAAUUAUGAAAAAACUAACCGAAAAAAAUAUUGAUCUUAUUCUUUGUCAUCUAAAAGCAACAACAACGAAAAAAAUGGCUGAUACAUUUUUGACGCAUUUACGAAAAUUGCAAUCGAAUCGUAACGAUCAAGAAUUACUUCGUCAAAUCGAAUUGUAUAACAAAUCAGUUGUAGAACAAAUAAAACCUUAUCAUUUCAUUUUUGUACUAGACGAAAGUGGAAGUAUGAGUGGUCAGCCGUGGGCUGCUUUAACUGAAGCAUACAACACGUGUUUAAAAGAACGUAUUAAAAUUGCUCAACAUUCAACAAAUGAUAUCGUUAGUGUCAUACAGUUUGACAGUGAAGUCCGCUGUAUUUGUCAAGAAUCUGCCUUAUCAAGUGGAACUCCUUCAUUACAACCAUUACGUGGUCGAGGUACAAACUUUUCACCUGCUUUAAAAGAAGCUUUAAGGGUAUUGAACACUUCGGCAGAUAGCUAUAUUCCUGUGCUAUUGUUCAUGUCAGAUGGAGCAGGAAGUGGAGGACCAGCUGAAAUGACUACAAUUUAUAACCAAUAUCACCAUCGAGGUCUUCAAGUGCAUUCUAUUGCAUUCGGUUCUUCUGUUGAUAAAGCAACUCUGAAGAAAAUCGCAACAGUCGGUGGAGGACAAUUUCAUCAUAACUCCACAGGAAAACAGUUAGUAGAAACAUUUGUUCAAAUUAGUACUGAAUUGACGGCUGUCGACGGACUUAUUGAUGAAUUUGCUCAAAGAGUGAGCGAUGCAGCAACAACUAAAUUGGCGUUCGAAUUUUUAUAA